CCAAUAAAUUGAUUCAUUGGGAAGAUGGAGCCUGAUUGGACAAAAACAAGCAAAACUGGUAGCGUUGCAUUUCAGAGAAACGCGAUGGAAUGAAGGUCAUUUGAUAUAGCGACAUUAUCUCGCUUGAUCACGAAAUUUAUUUCACCAGAAAUGUCGUCCACUGGAUGAUAUUUUGUACUGCACUUAAAUUACAGUUGGUGUGAUUACGGUUUUAGUCACAUUUGAACAAAUUGAAAAAGCUCCUAAAAUGGACACUUUCUCCCUUUGCUCAUGUGCUAUUCUGCAGCAACAUAUUUUUUUCCAAAUAUGACGUCAACCUUAUGGUGCAAUCUUUUAGUUUUUUAGCUUUUAGAGAUUUUCAAAAGAUUUUUACACUGUUAAACAGGGGGGAAAAAAAGACAUUCACUGAAAACUUUCAUUUUUAUUAUUUUGGGAGGGUUUUUUUUUUUUAUGUAAAAUGUUUUGUCAGAGGAAGCAAUAGCGUCAAAUUUCAACAUUUUUUAUUUUUAGGUCAACACGGUAUGGUGAUUUUCCACAUGCUGUACAAAUAUUUAUGUCUUUGGAGUUCUUAAUGUUUUGUUAUCAGUUAUCAAUCAACGGGGGUAAUUCGUUUCCAAAGCAAAUGGCGUCUUUUCGCCUGACAGUCUCAGCUCGGGGUCGCACCGAAGUUUGACUUCCUUCCGUGUGUCGCAGCGUUUUGUGUCCCCCCCCCCACCCCAAAUGACAACAAAUUCAGCGGAAGACAAGCCGGCAGGGUGGAGCGCAGCUGCCAGCGCAAUAAGUGCCCCAAAACCGGCGUCAAGGCUCUCACUCGGUUGUCGUCGGGCGGCGGAACAAUGAAGAGUCGUUUCCGAGGCGCCGAGCCCACCGAUUGAGCCCACCCCGGGCCGGGCAUCUAUGACGGGGCUGUCUCACUUGGUGCUCCGCUUCUCGGGCACCGCGGGGCGCACCUACGGGGUCUUUUCCAAAGGCCUGACCAGGACUUUGUUGAUCUUCUUCGAUCUGGCCUGGCGACUGCGAAUCAGGUUCCCGUACAUCUACCUGGUGGCCUCCAUGAUGUUCAACGUCAGACUCCAGGUCCACAUUGAGAUCCACUGACACCGGCGUCCAUGGCCCGUGCGGAGGGAGCGAGCGCCGGGCGUCCCCACGAGGACGAGGACGAGGAGGCGGCCGGCGGCCUUUUGCGACGCCCCGACGCGACGUUUGCGGUGCCUUUCGGGGGAGGGCGGCCGGCCAGGAGAUGAUGACUGUUCCCCCAUCCCCCGCCCCCUUGAGAUUUAGGAGCCGCCCCAUUUUUGUUUUCUUUGUCCCCCCCCCCACCCCCCCAAGAUGACACUGCCUUUUGCUCACCGGUUGUCAAAAUUUCAACCGGCGAUUUUCACACAACUUCAAAGCAAGUUUGGGAUGUUAAAGCUCGUCGGUGAAAAUUUCAAGAUGAACUUCAAAUAGAACGUUGAACUUUUUUCAAAAUGUGCUCAUUUGUCAUCAUGACCAACGUUAAAAAACGUCAGUGUAGUCGGAAUAUAAAAAAAAAAGACGUUUUGACACCUAAAAAGUACAUUUCCCGUUCUUGUAAGCCACUGGAACGUUCUCCAUUUUGAAUGUCAACACUGCGCUUGAAUACACACAGCAAAAAAAAAACAAAAACAAAACUUGAAUCUUCCAAUAAAAAAUGGAUUGCGCCGAAAUGAAAGAAACAAAAACCAGUCGGCCGCCCUUCGCAGUUGUGAAGCUGCGGGUUCAAUUCCCGCCUGUGUGGAGUUUGCUCGCCGUUGCCCGCGUGGCUGUUCUCUGGUUUCCUCUCAAAUCCCCAAAACGAGGACCGAAGACGCUAAAUGUCCCGUCGGGCCAGCGCACGUUCGCUUCUUUGCGCUCUGCCAGUUGCAGCCAGCACGCCUGUGUCCCGCAUGAGGAUAAGCGGCUUGGAAUGGAUGGAUCCGUUGAUAUCGAACGUCAAAGUUGAAUCCGAGCGACUGUCCCGCUUUCCGUUCCGACAUCGUUAGCCGGGUUCACGUGCGGACUUUUUGUGUCAUUCCGAUCACGUGACGUGAUGAUCGUCGUUAUUAUUCCCAUCCGUGCACGCGUUUAGAUCGAUGCCAACGCCGCGUGACCGAUCGAGAUUGAGGCCGGUCGUCGCUUUUCCCAAAACAACAACCGACGGACACUGGAAGAGUCACGGAAAGGCGCGACGCCAAAGUCCUUGGAAACGUUUAUGGAUCGGACGCCGAUUGGGAUUUCUGCCAUUCGUGCGAGUUGCGAGACGUCCGGCGUUUGCUCGUGCCAAAAAGCUUCGGGCGUGUUUUGGCUUCAUCCUGAAAUUUCUCCCCAAAUCUUGAUAAUAUCCCAAACUUUCUUUUGCUAUCCACUUUGGACUUUACGUGCCCAAGCAGGACUUUUUGUGCGCACGCUGGAGCUGGAGGGUGCGAUUACACCGGCUACCUCAAUACGGCGCCCCCUAGCGGAAGCUUGACGAAAAUGCGGCACGCGCUCAACUCGUCCGGUCGUCGCGCUCGCGCUUUAGUUCUGCUCGUCACGUGGUACUGAGGAAAAAAAAUAAAAUAAAAUAAAAGUGAAAGAGAGAGAGAGGUGAUUAUCACAAAGAAAAUGUUGUUGUUGUUUUUGCUCAGUAUCGAUUUGUAAAGCCAAUAAAUAAUAGUCUGAUCAAACAUCUCGACAACAUUGCCUCAAAAUUGCAAAGCUCGUUUAUUUUUAUUUAUUUAGUUUUUUUUUAGGCAGAAUUCAUUUUAGAGGAAAAAGUGGAAAAAGUUACUUUUGUUGUUAAGUAGUUUUUAGACAAAACAGCAAAGCCAAAGAAAAAAAACCAAAUUUCUUCUCAAAGGUUGAGUUUAAACGUGGAUUUAAAAUCUUAUUUUAAUCAGAUACUAAUUUAGGCUCCUUUUGUAGUGUAUUUACACAUGUAUUUAUAAUUUCCUUAUUUAUAAUUUCCUCAUGAAUGAGAAAGAGUAUUCUACGAUUUUAAUUUGAAAUCAAUCGAUAAAUUAAUCAAUUCAAUGAAUGAAUAGGAAAUAAUAGUAUGAGGAAAAAAUACUGUUGAUGGAAGAAAUGCUUCGAAUAUGAUUUCUAGUGGUCUUUUUGUUCUAUUUUGUUUUGUUUUUUUGGAAAGCAAAUAUUGUCGCUUUCUUUUGUGAGCAUUUGUAUGAAAAACAAAUGAAUAAAUACGUUUAAAAUAAGCAAUAUUAGUGGAAAAAAAGCGAGAUGACUGCUUGCGAAAUUUCACAAUUAGUGAUGAUCGGAAUGACUCAAAUCGGAUUUGCUGCAAAAACUGAUUUGUCCACACGAGGGCAGCAGAAUCUAAAUUUACUGUUACCAAUUACGCUCCAUGAAACAAACCAUCAGCCAUCCCUUUUCUGAGCCGCUUAUCCUCACGAAGGUCGCAGCAGCGCCGCAGCCCAUCGCAGCUGCCGUCGGGCGGGAGGCGGGGCACACCCUGAACCGGCCGCCAGCCGGCCAAUCGCAGGGCACGUGGAGACAGACAACAACCGGACUCACAAUCACACCUACGGGCAAUUUAGAGUCUCCAUUUAUUUUGAAUAUAAAUCUUUCCACCUUUUGAAAUACAUUUAUGUGUUCACAUGUACACAUAUUUCUCAUUCCUUUGAUUGCAUUCCUAAUUUUUUUAUUUCUUUGAUAUGAUCAAAAUGCAAUGUGACCCUUGAGCACAAAAGUCUACACACCCCCAAUUGGAAGCAGAUGGCGGCGGCACUUUUUCAG